CUGUGCUCGCCCAAUCCUUGCCAGAAUGGCGGUCUUUGUGAGCCGGCCAGUGAGUCUGGGGACUUUGCCUGUCGCUGUCCGCCCGGUUGGUCAGGCCGUUGGUGUCAUGCGCCCGGCAACCGGCCGUGCCAACUGACAGAUAAUGCUGCAAAUUGGAGUGACGCAAAUGCCAGCCGAGGCGUGUGUCUCAACAACGGCGUCUGCAGGAAUGAUGCACUCAGUUGGGGCGGGUUUGAGUGCAGCUGUCCGUCUGAGUGGACCGGACGACUCUGUCAACUGCGUGAGUUUGCAGCCUGUAGCGUCGAGUUGUAG